UCCCACAGAGCUGUUUAUAACGACGUGGGAGCACGGCGAAGCAACACUGCUCCUCUCACAGCUUUUUUUUUUUUGACUCCAUUUAGUUUUUUGAUUAAAACUUUGCAUGAAACAAAUCUGUCGGUUUGGAAAAAAAAGUUUGAGGCUGAAAAGAUGAUGGAGACGAAGGAACGAGAGAAACUAGCCGAAGUCAUCAGGCAGUGGAACAGCAACAGGCUGGACUUGUUUGAAAUCAGCCAACCCGAUGAGAACCUGGUGUUCCAUGGUGUGAUUCGCUUCUACUUUGAGGAUUACACCGAGGGGAGGGUGGCCACAAAGUGCCUACGCGUUUGUAGCAGUUUGUCAACUCGAGAGGUCAUUGAAACUCUUUCUGACAAGUUCCGGCCUGAUAUGAAAAUGCUGUCAACAAGUUAUUCAUUAUAUGAGAUCCACACAGAUAAAGAGCGGAAGAUGGAUCUGGAUGAAAGACCUCUGGUUGUACAAUUGAGCUGGACCUCAAACAACCGAGAAGGGCAAUUUGUGCUCAAACAAGACCAGGAAAUUUGUCCUGAGAAAGAAAAAGGAGGCGUUCUACAAACCUUUAAGAGGACACUGUCAAGAAAAGGGAAAAAGAAAGAGAAAAGCCAAGCCAGAGGAGCGGACAGGGCAUCAGACGAUGAGAACGGAUCAGCUGAAGAUCUACUGAACAACAACUGUUUGUCCAGCCUUGAGUCUCUAAAACAUUGCAAAGAGAAUAAAGCAAAUCAGAUGCUGGAAGAUUCUUCAGAGCACUCUGGAUUGCCAGUUCAGAUUAACUUCUGUGAUGAUGCGGAGGAGCCCUUCCUGUCUGCGGUCAUAAAUUACACUAACAGCUCCACGGUUCAUUUCAAGCUGUCACCGGCGUACAUCCUCUACGCCGCGAGCCGCUUCGCCCUCCAACGCCGGCACGGCAGAGGCUCUCCGUCCUCUGCAAACGCGCACACUGUAACGUCAAUUACAAAGAAAAUGGCGGCCAUGAUGGGAAAGGUCAUCGAGAGGCAGCAGACCGUCGCCGGCGCUCUUGCCUUCUGGAUGGCCAAUUCCUCUGAGCUGCUGAACUUCCUGAAGCGCGACAGAGACCUCAGCCGGUUCACACGGCCCAGUCAGCUGGAUCUGUCCCAUCAGGCGCACAACGCCUACAGCUUCCUGCUGCAUUGCUUACAGAGCGAGUUGAGAAAGCAUUUGCCAACUUUCCUAAUUGAUCCGGAGCAACACGGUGCUCUCCCAGCUGGUAUAGAGAUGGUGUUGGACACCUUGAUGAACGCCAUGUCUCUUCUACGCCGGUGUCGGGUCAACCCGGCCCUUACCAUCCAGCUCUUCUCCCAGCUCUUCCACUUCAUCAGCGCCUGGCUUUUUAACCAGCUCAUGGCGCAGGAGACCAGCCCCCCAGGCCUGCGCUCUCACUACUGGGGGUCGGCGCUGCGUCAGAGGCUAACCCCCAUCGAGGCCUGGGCAGAGAGGCAGGGCUUGGAGCUGGCUGCUGACUGUCACCUGGGACACAUCGUACAGGCAACCGCACUCCUGACAAUGAAUAAGUACUCGGUGCUGGACGCUGAGGACAUCCACGGUUCCUGUUUCAAGCUGAACUCUCUGCAGCUGCGCAUGUUGAUGGCCGGGUACCUCUACGGAACCAGUGAGCCUCAGAUUCCCCGUGAUUUGAUUGAUGCCGUAGUGAGGGCUGCAGAGGCCUCAGCCGAUAACUUGAUUCGCGGUGAAGGACGCGAGCCUCGGCUGGAGGAGAGCCUCGACCUGCUCCUGCCCUUCCUGUUGCCGGAGGGAGGAUACUCCUGUGACACAGUGAGAGGCAUCCCUCCGGGGUUCAGAGAGUUUUUGGAGCCAAUAUGUCAGAAAGGUCUCUGCUGUUUGGCGACUGUGCCUCAUUCCCAAGGAGACUGGACGGCGUACUUUAGUGAACGUACGCACACCGAUGGGGAUUUAUACUUGGCGGCACACAGACAGCCCGAGAUUGAGAACAUCACUCUGCACAAACCGCUGAACAGCGGGAUGGGAGUCAGUAUUGUGGCAGCCAAGGGAGCCGGCCAGAGAGACCUGGGGAUCUAUAUUAAAUCGGUUGUCAAAGGAGGACCGGCCGAAGUGAACGGGAGCUUAGCAGCAGGAGAUCAGCUGCUCAGUGUGGACGGACACAGCCUGGUCGGACUCUGCCAAGACAGGGCAGCAGCGAUCAUGAUGCGAACCGGCCCUGUUGUGACCCUAAAGGUUGAAAAGUUCGCAGCGAGCUACCAUGGCCUCUGGGAACUACUGAAUGAACCACAUCCAGAAAACAAAACAAGCAGGAACUAUUUAAGAAUGGGCGGUGGAGAACAUGGAAAGCUGAACAACGGAGAGUCUGAGCUGUACUGCGCCGUUGAUCUCAGACCCUCGGCGAGGCCCCACGGAGGCAGCAAAGAAAAGAGAGACCAGAGGAUGCAGAAGAACCGACAACUUUACCGCUCCAACCCCAACAUGAUCUCUGGCUAUAGCCUGGUGGACGGAGGGGAACUCGUUGACCCAGACGUCGCAGGAAACAACUUUGCCUCGGUUUCAAGCAUCAACCUUUGCACUGAUGUCUUCUCUCAGACACUUUACAGAGAAUACCUGACGCUACCGAACCCUAAAUCUAAGGACAAGUCGGCUUCUGAGCCGGGCCGACCAACCCAACCAUCGGCUGUGACGCCUUCAAAUGGGCAGAGCAAGAGAGGCUUCAUGCGUCAAGCCCUGUCUCAGGAGAACUUGUGCGUGGACACUGGAGGCCCCCUGCUGGACCAAACUCAGAACGCAUGCGCACACAGAAGCCACAAUAACCAACCAACAAGAUCCUGCUCAUCUUUUCCUAUCCGCUCCAGUGUUUCCACAGACGACGUCCUCUCUGACAGCAACGCCCCCACUAGACACCCGCCACGAAGCCGCCCGAGUCCUGCAGGCGUCUGGAGGACCCCUUUUUCACAGCAGUCCACACCUACGCCUUCGGUCCAGCCCAUACGCAUCGACAUCCCCGUCACCGGAGCGGGGAGCAAACAGCCCAACCCUCCGCUCACCACCUUCAGGCAGAGCUCCUCUCUGCCGCCUGCGAAGACCGACCAGGCCCAUAAAGCCAGCCAACGGGAAACGAGGUCUCCAAGCAUCCACGCGCGUCCGUUAUCAGCAACUACGAAGCAUCUCCAGGCCUCAGGUCUCUGGAAGCAGCAAAGAUCGUCUGCAUGUGGAGAUAGAGGUGAAAAACCCCAAGUGAGCAUCACUCCAACAAAACAUGUUUCCUUCCAAGAGCCUCUGUCUGAGCAGAGCCGCUCAGGCCCAGUAGGCCCAAAAGAGAAGCAAGCGCCGUGCGACCCCUGGAGGAGGGACGCCCGGGAGAAGCUGGAGAAGCAGCAGAGGCUUCGGGCCGUGGAGCUCCUGGAGGAGGAGGCGCGGCAGCUCCGGGCCAAGGACAACCGGAGCGCAGAGGAGAACGACAGACUGCGCAGGCUGGACCUGGAGUGGCAGUUCCAGAGACGGCUGCAGGAGAUUCAGCAGAGAGGAGGCGAAGAGGAGGAGGAGGAAGAGGAAGAUGUGGACAUGAUGGUGCUCCUGCAGCAGCUGGGGGAGGAAGCGUCAAAAGACGAGGUUGGCAGAGAAAAGAGAGCUGACACUUUAACUUUACAACCUUGGAAUAACAAGAUCAGAUCUGCUGGGAAUAACAACGGAGAACAAAACCAGGCAGGAAAGCCACUUUCCGACAAGCAAGAAGCAAAACAAGAUCCAAGAGAAAAUGGACUGAACAAAUCAUCAGAUGAGAACCUGCAGGAGAACACCAGGACGGUGUCGGCUCCUGAAAAGCUCACGUUCAGGGAGCGUCAGCGUCUCUUCUCCCUGACAUCAAGUGCAUAAAUGAAGAUUUGUUUUUAA